GUUUAUUUUUCUUGUAUAUAUUUUUAUAUUAAUUAAAAUUAAUUUAUUACAAUCAAUUUUUCGUUAAAAGAAAAGUCAUGUAAUAAUAGUAUUUAUUAUUUUGAUAUUUUUUUUUAAUUUUAUUAUUUUUUAUUUAUUUUGUUAUACUACCGGUUGAUUUUGUAAAGGUUAACACAAAUAAAAGAGUUUAUUGUUUUUGUUGACAAUGUUAUUUACUUCAGUUGGUUCACGAGUGUUGAAUGUAACCAGAAUUUUAAAACUCUCAAGAAAUGUUGAUAUUCGAUUGUCACCUGUUCUACGAUGCAAAUCAGAUGACAUCACUGUGACAAUCAGUGAUAUUUCUAAAAAAAUUAAACCUGCUCAGCAUCCAGAAUAUGUACCAAGAAAAUAUCUUUUGAAAGAGCCAAAUCAAACAACUUUGAGACAUUUACGAUGGAUGUUACAAAAAGACAUUUUGGGGCAAGAUAUAUUUUUAACUGGUGGUCCAGGAUCACACAGAAGAAAUAUUGCACUGUCGUAUUUAGAGUUAACAGGAAGAGAAGUAGAAUUUAUUGCAUUAUCUCGUGAUACUACUGAAGCUGAUUUAAAACAGCGACGAGAAAUUAAAAAUGGUACAGCAAAUUAUCAUGAUCAAAGUGCAGUACGUGCUGCUGAACAUGGUAGAGUAUUAAUUUUGGAAGGUGUUGAAAAAGCAGAAAGAAAUGUAUUGCCAGUGUUAAAUAAUUUACUGGAAAAUCGUGAGAUGCAUUUGGAGGAUGGUAGAUUUCUUAUUCCAGCAACAAGAUACGACAAGUUAUUGGAGGAACAUUCUCAAGAAGAGCUUGAUGCCUGGAGACUAGUUAGAGUAAGUGAAGAUUUUCGAGUAAUUGCACUUGGUCUACCAUCACCUCGCUACCCAGGUCAUCCACUGGAUCCACCAUUACGAUCUAGAUUUCAAGCUCGACAUAUACCACCACCAACUUUUCAAGAACAAGUAGAAGAAUUUAAAAUAAAAGCACCAAAUGCUGAUUUGGGAAAAAUAUCACAACUAUUAUCAUGUUGUCAUGCACUUGUUAGCAAAGAAGCAGUGGAUUUGGGUUUACCUGAUUUUCCACUAGAUAAUCUAAUGUCAGCAGCUUUUAUUUUCGAAAAAUGUCCUAGUAUAUCAGUCUUUGAUAUCUUCUAUCGUUUUUAUCCUUACAAAUUAUUUUUGGAUAAAGAAGGAAUAUCAGCUGUCGAGGGAAUACUCGACACAUUUGGAGUUUUAAAAGGACAAGAAUCACGAUUUAAUAAAAAUGAAAAAAUACUAUCUAUUCAAAGAAACAAGCAGACAAGUCUUGUAACACUAAACAAAGACGGAGAUCAAGUUGAAAUUAAUGUGCCUAGUGGAUCCAGUCAAAUUGAACCAAGUCAUUCUGAUUAUGUAGAAACGAAGUAUCACAACAAAAUUCUGGCUGAUAUUAUUUUGUCACAUGCAUCAUCUUCAUGGAUUCUCAUUGGUCCCAAAGGUUGUGGUAAAUCGACUGUUGUUACAAAGCUUGCAGAAAAUUUAGGAUACGAUGUAGAACCAAUUGUCCUAUAUCAGGAUAUGACAUCCAGGGAUUUAAUUCAACAAAGAUCAACAAAGCCAAAUGGAGAUACAGUAUGGAAAGAUUCACCUCUCAUUACAGCUGCACUAACAGGAAAAAUUGCAAUUUUAGAUGGCAUUCAUCGAGUACAUUCCAGCACCCUUGCUGUUUUAUACAGACUGGUGCAUGAUCAAGAAAUUCAACUCCACGAUGGUAAAAGAUUAACACGUUCAGAUCGAUAUGCUGAGAUGAAAUCUGAGCUUAAAAAAACCGAUGAAGAAAUGAAAAAAUCUGGAAUUUUUGAAAUUCAUCCAUCAUUUAAAUUAGUAGGUCUUGCUGAACCACCAGUUAUCAAUAAUACUUCGGGUCAAUGGUUAAAUUCAGAAUUACUAAGUUUGUUUAAUUUUCAUGAAAUGCGACCUCUUGAUAAAUCAGAAGAGAUUCAUUUGAUUCAAUCAAAAUUUGGCAAAUCAAGCAAAGCAUUAUUAAAAAUAAUUGAAUUAGCACACACAUUAAGAUCAUCAAAUGAUCCAACAUUAAAAUCACUUUCUGGAUCAUUAAGUACACGUCAACUUUUACGAAUUGCUGCUAGAAUGAAUAAAUUUCCAAGUGAUGAUGCUUAUGAUGCUGUUAACAGAGCAGUACUUGCUCGUUUUCUUCCAGCAGUUCCAAAACAAGCACUUGAAGAUUGUAUGAAACAACUUGGCAUAAAUCCAAUGGAAAAUAAAGAUAUUGAUACUAUUAAAUGCAGUGUUGAUGAUACAAGUGUGACAAUUGGAAAAACUAGUGUUGAUUUAUAUAAAACAACAGCAUUGACAAAAGUACCUCAUAUACUUUUUUAUGAUGUUCCUCAACAUCUUGUAUUAUUGGAAAGAUUGAUGCAAGAUUUUUCACUUGGUCAAAAUAUUUUACUUGUGGGAAAUCAAGGAGUUGGAAAAAAUAAAAUUGUUGAUAGAUUACUUCAACUUAUGAAUAGACCGAGAGAAUAUAUUCAACUACACAGAGACACAACUGUUCAAACAUUGACUCUUCAAUCAACUGUUAAAGAUGGAGUUGUUGUAUAUGAAGAUUCACCAUUGGUACAAGCUGUUAAAUUGGGACAUGUUUUAGUUAUUGAUGAAGCUGAUAAAGCACCAAUACACGUAACUUGCAUACUCAAGACACUGGCAGAAAGUGGAGAAAUGAUAUUAUCUGAUGGAAGAAGAAUUGUUCCAAUAAACAAAACAACAAAAAAUAAUCCAAAUAUUAUUUCAAUUCAUCCUGAUUUUCGAAUGAUUGUUCUAGCAAAUCGACCAGGUUUUCCAUUUUUGGGUAAUGACUUUUUUGGAGCACUUGGUGAUCUUUUUAGUACUCAUUCAAUGGAUAAUCCAACACUUGAAAAUGAAGUAUCUUUAUUAAAACAAUAUGGACCAGAUGUUGAUGAUAAAAUAAUUCAUAAAUUAGUAAAAGCAUUUGGUGAAUUGAGAAGUAUGGCUGAUCAAGGACUUGUAUCUUAUCCUUAUUCAACACGAGAGGUUGUUAAUAUUGUAAAACAUCUUCAGCAAUUCCCAGACGAGCCAUUAACCAGUGUUGUCAAAAAUGUAUUUGAUUUUGAUAGAUACACAUCAGAAGUUUUUGAAACUCUGGUAGAUGUUCUUCACAAGCAUGGUAUCCCACUGGGAACUAGUAUAAAAAAUAUAUCACUGGCAAAAGAAUUUUCCCUUCCUGAUUUGCAAUAUGGGGGUACUUGGAAUAUAUCAAAAAAUAAAAAAACACUAUCUGUUCAUGAAAAAAUGAUAAAAUUAAAAUCUCUUGUAAAUCUUGAUAAAAAAACGUUAAUAUUAGAUCGAGUUGAAACAAGAUCUGCUUGGUUUACUGAGAUGCAAGCAUACUGUUCAAUUCCAAUGAGUGAAAAUCAAUAUGUAGCUACAAUGGCCGUCACAAAAGGUACAAAAGACAAUAGAAAUAUUGAUAAAGUUCACGUUUUAACAGUAAAUCCAAUGUGUGUAUCAACAAUAACAUCAAAUUCUGAUAAAAUAGAUCAAAUAUCAUUGAAAAAUCUUAUGAAUACAUCAAGAUCAAAUAGACCAAAAUUUUCUAUGUUUCCUUAUCAAUCAGGUAAUGUUUUAAUUCAUGAAGAAAUAAGUAAUUCACUUGUAUCAUUAAAUCCUGAAAAUGGAAACGCUCAAGUUGUACAAUUAGCAUCAUUUUUUGAAUCAACUGGAGAAAGAAUUUCUCAUGCACUUGGAACAAAAGUAUCACAAUGGAAAAUAAAUGGAGAUUUAAUUAAUUCUCAUAAUCAAGCAAUUUUUUAUAUUCCAAAUGGUAAUGAAAUUGAAAUAUUAAAUUUAAAUACAAUGACUGCGUAUUACGUAUUAUUACCUUGUGAUAUUGACACAAUUGUAACAUUUACUCCAAAUAAAUUUUUAAUUCAAGAUAAAUUAAAAAAUAAAUUUAUCUUAGAAAAAUCAAAUGAAAGUUUACCAUAUCCAAAUGUUUUACGUCAAGUUGAAACAACUGAUGAGCAAAAAAAAGUUUGUGGAAUAAUAAAUCAAGGUAGUAAUAAAAGUUUGAAUAAUGAAUUACUAAGUAAAGCAUUGAGUCAAAAUAUUACUUCACCAAAUAGACUUAUUGCCAGUGAUUUUUUUUAUGCUGGAAUUAUUAUGGGAUUUCCUGAAUUGGAUAGUUCAAGUGAGCUUCAUUAUUGGCCAAGAAAAGAAAGAGUAAAAACUGAAAAUCCAAUUAUUACUGAUAAUGGACAAAUUGUAAGAAUUUUACCAGUUAAUAAAAUUCCAAAUGAUGCACUUCUUGGUGAUAAAAAUAACACUGGCAUUCCAAAUUAUUUAGAAGUGGUUGAUGUUGUUACAAAAAAAGUACGAUAUCUUCCAAUACCAUUUUCUCAAAAUGUAUCGCCAACAAUUGAAUGGCUUUUUCCACAUGGGCUACCAGUGUAUUUAUCCGAAACAUCAAAUGAAGGAUUUGUUACAGUUGAUGUAUCAGGUGGAGUAAGAUUUUGGGAAACAUCAAUGAGUCACAUUGAAAAAUCAUUACUUGAAUGGAGAAAAAUGGUGGGUUCAGAAGACAACCAUUUGCAAGUAACAAAAGAAAGAUAUUCAGGACUUGAUACAAAAGCUCCAAAACAUGGAAAAGUUGAUCCUAAAAAUGAACCCCAUGUUGGUGGUAAUACUUGGGCUGGUGGUACUGGAGGAAGAGAUACAGCUGGCUUAGGAGGAAAAGGUGGACCAUAUCGUCUUGAUGCAGGUCACACAGUUCAUCAGUUAAGUGAUGAAGAAAAAAAUUCAGUACCAGAACAUGUGAAAAAAGCUGCACGUGAAAUGGGAAUAAAAGCAUUUAAACAAAGAUUGAAAGAUAUAAAAAUGAGUGAAUAUGAUCAUAAAUUAUAUUCACAAUUUAGUGAUGCUAUAACAAGUCAAGUUAAAACAUUGAGAGUAAUAUUAGGAAGUCUUCAAGCAAAAAGUAAUGAACGUCAAUGGUUAAAGCAUCAAACAUCUGGAGAAUUAGAUGAUACAAAAUUAAUUGAAGGUUUAACUGGUGAAAAAACAAUAUAUCGACGUAGAGCUGAAAAAGAACCAGAAGUUGGAGCUUCACAAUUAAAACCAAAACGUUUAAAACUUGUUGUUGAUGUAUCAGGAUCAAUGUAUAGAUUUAAUGGAUAUGAUGGACGUUUAGAUCGUGAGUUAGAAGCAUGUGUUAUGGUAAUGGAAGCGUUUUCUGGCUUUGAAGGAAAAUUUAAAUAUGAUAUUGUUGGUCAUUCUGGUGAUGAAUUUAGUAUUUGUUUUGUUGAUUGUAAUCAACCACCUACUGAUAAUAAACAAAGACUGGAAGUUAUUAAAACAAUGCACGCACAUUCACAGUAUUGUUUGUCAGGUGAUCAUACACUUGAGGCAACACAACAUGCUAUAUCAAGUUUAUCAAAAGAGGAUACUGACGAAUCAAUUGUGAUUGUAUUAUCAGAUGCCAAUUUAGAAAGAUAUGGAAUUUCACCAACUAAAUUUGCUAAUCUACUAACAUCAAGUCCAGAAGUUAAUGCUUAUGUUAUUUUUAUUGGCUCAUUGGGUGAUCAAGCAUCUAGAGUCAUGGAAAAAAUGCCAUCAGGUAGAGCAUUUGUUUGCAUGGAUUUAAAAAAUAUUCCUCGCAUUUUACAACAAAUUUUUGCAGCUUCAGUACUGAGUACUCGAUCAAAUUAAUAUUUUGAAAAAGUAUAAAAAUUAAAUUAGUUCCAAUAUUGUUAAUAUGUUAUUUAAUACUUAGGAAUUUUUUUUUCUUGUAAAGUAUAAUUAAAUUAAUAAUAAAAAAAAAUUCUUGUUAUGUUUUGUAAAUUUAUGUAAAUUAAUAAUUUGUAUAAACAUUGUUUGAAUGAUCAAAAGUUAAAAGUGAUAUGAUAAUUUAUUGAAUUUAUGAUUGUAUAGUCCAGGAAUAUGUGU